AUGUGCUCCGGUCUAUGCAAAGUAAUUGCAUGGUUUAUCGUAGUGAUUGCCGUGAUUCUUAAAAUUAUUGGAAUUUUUAUGGUCCGAUAUUAUCCGUCUGGACAUUCAGAUUCUUGGGACAGGAAACGCUAUGUGGGCAUAACUCUAAUACUGACAGCAAUCAUCAUGUUCAUCGUUAGUAUCGCUAUGUUCUGCUGUGCUUAUGGAGUGAAUAUUUGCAAAUGGUGCAAGAAGAAGUCACAUGGUAGCGGCCAACAGAUCAUAAUAAUCCAAGGCCCACCACAACCAUCACCACAACCGGCAGCUCAGAACGUGCGUAAGUAUAAUCCACCCCCACCCCCACCACAACCUUCACCGGGACAAUUACCGCAUCCAUUUGGACAGCAAUAUUUUCCUUCACAACAACCACUAGGAUUCCCAACUGUUCCGCAGUAUUGGUCUCAAUCAAACCCUAAUUUCAAUAAUCCACAAUACGGACCAUCAUCUUUUACAAAUUCUCAGUUUGUACAACACUACGAUCUAUCGCAACCAUCCCAGAAUUCAGGCUUUCUUUCACCUCCACAGCCGAAUCAGCUAACAUUCUAUCCUACUCACCAACAGCCAAACCCAGUACCAUUAGAUGUUCAACAGAAAGUGAAUCUGCCUCAACACCCACCAAGCUAUGAACAUUAA